AUGCAUGCGUCUCGCGUGGCUGCCUGCGGCCUGAGGUUUCUGCGGUCGCCGUUCGUCGCGUCACGCCUGACGGCCCCGCCGCAUCUCGCGCUUUCGUGCCGAUGGAAGUCGUACGUGCUGAAGUUUCUUAGGGGCCAACUCCCGGAGGACCUCAAAGACAUCAACGGGGCUCUUGGCUGCCUGUACGGGACGCUGCCGGACGUGGACGAGUUCGGUCAAUUUGUCAUCGCACCUGAAAUUGUGGAUCGCUUUCAUCAGCUUGGCUACAUGAAACUGCCCCGCCCAGUGCUCGACGCGCAGCAGGUGGAUAAGCUGGCCGAUGAGGUGAAUGAGCUGGCCAACAACGUGGAGCACCAUCCAAAGACGGAGAAGCUGUACGCCACCUCGUUGGCCGACCUAACAGGGGGGCCGCUCUUCUACUGCCAGGGGCAGUGGCGGGCCGCGUGGGGCAUGCAUGACCUCAUCUACCUCCCCACAAUCACGGUGGCUGCCUCGCAGAUUCUUGGCAAUGCGCUCGUGCGAUUGUGGUACGAUGAGGUGUUCAUGAAGGAGGCCCGUAAGGGACCGUGUGUUCCCUGGCAACAAAACUACGCUCGCUGGCAGCACACAACGCCUGUAAAUCAUGUGACUGUCAUGAUCGCGCUUGACACAAUGAACAAGGAUCGUGGUGCUCCUUGCCUGGUUCCCGGCAGCCACCGAUGGCGAGAGGGCGGUUUGCUGCCUGCGGUUCCGUACGAUCCCACCAAGGACGAGGCACAACAGUUAAACACCAUCUGGGAAAUUAUCAACGAGGAAGAGAGUGAAAUGCUCAUGGACACCCCUCCCGUCACGGUGGACAUGAAGCGCGGCGAGGCGCUCCUCAUUCACCCACUGACACUUUUUGCCACGCACGGCAACCGCUCCCUCGACGCAGCACGCUGCUGUUUAAUUCAUUACAUGGGUGAAAAGACGUACGCCACCCAGAACGGGCCCUUGUUGCCCCACACUACAAAAUUUCAGGCGGGGGCUAUGAUACAAGGGCCAUUUUACCCGGUCGUUUUCGACCCUGCGAUGACGGAGGAGCUAGCAAUGUUGCCCGAGGAGCCCGCGGCGCAGCAAGGCGCCGGCGACGAGGUGCAGCAGUGCGGAAACUCUUGA